AUGCCCCAAUUCGGCACAGACGAGAAUCCCAUCGAUACCUCCUAUUAUGAACUUCUUGGAGUGCCUGUCAAUGCUGAAAGCAACCAAAUCAAAAAGGCCUUCAGAAAACUUGCCAUUGUCUAUCACCCGGAUAAGAACAAGUCUGAAGAAGCCGAGGAAAAAUUUAAGGAAAUCUCGGAAGCCUAUCAAGUGUUGAUGGAUCCUCAGUUGCGAGCUCAUUACAACAAGUACGGCAAAGAUAAGGAUUUGGCACCCGAAGGCGGAUUUGCCGACCCACGUGAACAUUUCCAGCAGAUGUUUGGCGGUGAUGCUUUUCGAAGUAUCAUUGGUGACUUGAGCAUUGGAGAAAUGUUUAGCGAUGCAAUGGAACAGUCAGCUGCUGAGGAAGGCAAAGAAGGAGAGGCUGAUGGUGCCGACGACAAACCGGGUCAUCAUCAUCAAGUGAGCAAAGAGCAGAUGGAGAAGAUGCAAAAGCAACAACAAGAGCGUGUCAAGAAACUAGCCGACAACUUGCUUCAUAAGCUCGACUUGUAUGUCAAAGGUGAUCGUGACGAAGGUGCUGCAAUGGCAUUCGAGGAACAAAUCAAGCUUGAAGCUGAGAAGCUCAAGACUGAAAGCUAUGGUUUGGAGUUGUUGCAUUCCAUUGGCGGUGUCUAUUCAAGCAAGGCAAAGCACUUUUUGGGUCUCAAGGGCGGUGAAAUGCCUAGUCUUUUCCACAAUGUCAAGCAAAAGCGUCAUAUCAUGAAGGAACUUUGGUCAACUGUCAAGAGUGCUAUGGAUAUGCAAGCUGUCGCUGAGAUGGUACAAAAGGCUGAGGAACAGGGUAUCGAUCAAGCCCAACGACUACAAUUGGAAGAAGAGGCUACCAACAGAGCAUACAAGGCUUUAUGGCAAACGUCAAAGUUCGAAGUUGAGGCUACAUUACGCCAAGUGUGCGAUACAAUUCUUCAGGAUAAGGCUGUCGACAAGAAGAUCAGAUACAAGCGUGCCGAAGCUUUGAGAAUCAUUGGCUACAUCUACAAGCACGUUGAAGAAGGCAAACCCGUAUCAGAACUUGUCGUCAAGAUCAAGGGCAAAUAA